AUGAAUCGCAAGUUAGGGCUCGGCCGUCGGGUGAGCCGCUUAUGGCAUCAUUUCUUUUUCCACAAAAUGUCGGAAUCAUCCAAUCCAGCGCCUAUUGCGCAAUUAUCCACCCCUCUCUCAUCAGCCUCAGGGCAGUCCCAACCUGCGACCGAGGUCGCUCCGCAGACUCUCCCGAUCCGCGACUCAAAACCCGCCCAGCCCACCGGCGAUGCGCCCGCGCCCACCGAUGGCGCCGCCGACAAACCACUCACUCCCGCUGAAUUAAAGAAGAAGGCGAAGGCUGAGAAGGCUGCCCGGCGCGCCCGAGAGAAAUUGGAGAAGGACGGAGGUGUUCCGAACAAUGUCACCAUCACUCCUGGUGCUGGAGGCCAGCCUCGUCUACCCACCACACCGAAGAAGGAUUCUGGCGCUGCUGCUGGUAGUCCACAGAAGGGACCACGCGUCCCGCAUGCGCGCCGUGGCUCUGGCCCCGGUGCUGUUGCGCAGACUGGUUCCGUCCUCGUGGAGCAGAAGAAAAAGAGAGAUGAUAAGAAGGUCGCUAUCUUCGGGCAUUUGUACGGUCAACAGCGUCGCAGCACUGUCGCCGGUGUGACGAAGGAAGUACACCCUGCCAUCUUGGCCUUGGGUAUGCAGUUGAUCGACUAUACUGUCUGCGGCAGCAGUGCGCGUUGCGUGGCUACGUUGGUCGCUUUUAAAAGGGUCAUCGAAUCUUACACUACUCCUCUGGGCACAUCGCUGGCUCGCCACCUGACUACACACCUCUCGCACCAAAUCACCUACCUCUCGACAUGUCGCCCUCUCUCCAUCACCCAGGGAAAUGCCAUUCGUGCAUUGAAACUCUCCAUCGCCUCGGUUGAUCCAUCCACCCCCGAAUCCAUCGCCAAGACCAAUCUGUGCAGCUUCAUCGACAGCUUCGUCCGAGAGAAAAUCACCAUCGCCGACCGGGUAAUCGCCGACAGCGCAGCCCAAAAAGUCCAAGACGGCGACGUGAUCGCCACAUACGGAGGCAGCAACAUCGUCAAGGAGACCCUCCUGCUAGCACACAGACAAGGCAAACGCUUCCGCGUAUCAAUCAUCGACUCCCGCCCCCUCUUCGAAGGCCUAAGCCUCGCCCGCGAUCUCGCCGCAGCCGGACUCGACGUCCAAUACUCCCUCGUGCACGCCAUCACACACGCCAUCAAAGACGCCACAAAGGUCUUCCUCGGCGCCCACGCAAUGACCAGUAACGGCGGCCUUUACUCGCGCGUCGGCACCGCCCUCGUCGCCAUGUCCGCCAAGGAGCGCGCCAGCGGCGUCGAAAUCCCCGUCAUCGUCUGCUGCGAGACACUCAAGUUCACCGAUCGCGUCGCUCUGGACAGCAUCGUCGUUAACGAAAUCGCUGACGCCGACGAGCUUCUGCCCGCCGGUGUUCCCCCCGCGUAUGUCGUCUGCGAUCCUGCGGAUAAUUACGUGCCCCCUCCCCCUGAGGGCAAGAAGGGCGCAACCCGUCCCCCGCCUCCUGAGCUGCCUGUCUCAUGCAAACCUCCCGCGUCCCCUCUUGCAAACUGGAGAAACACUCCCAAUCUGCAGCUGCUCAACAUCAUGUACGAUGUUACGCCUGCUGAGUACGUUGAUAUGGUCAUUACGGAGAUGGGCAGUUUGCCGCCUAGUGCUGUGCCAAUUGUCCACCGUAUGGUUACGAAUCUGUGA